CAGUGGAUCGAUGGCGUGGACAUGCGGAUGCACGAACGUAGCGGAAUGCACACAGAAGAGGAGAAGGAGGAGGAGGAGCAGGAGGAGGAGGGAGGCGGAGUUAGCAGCUUGCGCUCCACCAUCGGCGCGCAUUCGUCGCCCGCCGAGCGGUGGUCCCGGAGGCUGACGUGAGCCCCGCCGCAGCCGUCAACUUUGCGAGCGCUUUCUCUCCACUUCCGCCGAGGACGGCAGCGGAGUCGCGGACGGCAACGCUCGACCCCCCCCCCCCCCCUGGGGCAGCCUGGGCUGGCUUUCCCGGCCGGCAGCAUGGAGGGUGACGUGAUGGAUAAGGUGGAGAGCACGGCCCCCGCCGUGUGCGACUUGGACCCCAGCAGCGGGAGCAUCCCGGCGACCAAAGUGGAGCUGAGCGUCUCCUGCAGAAAUCUCUUGGAUCGAGACACCUUCUCCAAAUCCGACCCACUGGUGGUGCUGUACACGCAGGGCGUGGAGUGCAAACAGUGGCGAGAGUUUGGGAGAACGGAGGUGAUCGACAACACUCUGAACCCGGACUUUGUCAGGAAAUACAUCCUGGACUACUUCUUUGAAGAGAAGCAGAACCUGCGCUUUGACGUGUACGAUAUUGAUUCUCGAAGUCCCGAUCUGGCCAAGCAUCCGGCCGACUUUAACGACUUUCUGGGACAGGUCCACUGCACUCUGGGGGAGAUUGUGGGCUCGCCUGCAAGUCGGCUGGAGAAGUCUCUCAGUGGAAUACCCGGGAAGAAAUGCGGGACCAUCAUCUUGUCUGCGGAGGAGUUGGGCAACUGCAGAGACUACACCACCAUGCAGUUUUGCGCCAACAAACUGGACAAGAAGGACUUCUUCGGCAAGUCGGACCCUUUCAUGGUCUUCUACAGGAGCAAUGAGGAUGGCACCUUCACCAUCUGCCACAAGACGGAAGUGGUGAAGAGCACGCUGAACCCCGUGUGGCAGCCCUUCUCCAUCCCUGUGCGAGCGCUCUGCAACGGAGACUACGACAGGACAAUCAAAGUGGAAGUGUAUGACUGGGACAGAGAUGGAAGCCACGACUUCAUUGGCGAAUUCACCAGCAGCUACAAAGAAUUAUGUCGGGGUCCCAGCCAGCUGAACGUCUAUGAGGUGGUGAACGCCAAGAAGAAGCUCAAGAAAAAACGAUACGUCAACUCCGGGACGGUGUCCUUGAUGUCAUUCAGUGCGGAGUCAGAGCACACAUUCUUGGAUUACAUUAAAGGAGGGACGCAGAUUCACUUCACAGUGGCCAUUGACUUCACCGCAUCCAACGGCAAUCCGUCUCAGUCGACUUCGCUCCACUACAUGAACCCGUACCAGAUGAACGCCUACGCCAUGGCCUUGAAGGCAGUGGGCGAGAUCAUCCAGGACUACGACAGCGAUAAGAUGUUCCCCGCCUUGGGAUUUGGUGCGAAACUGCCCCCCGAUGGGAGGGUCUCCCAUGAGUUCCCCUUGAACGGCAACAUUGAGAACCCUUACUGCAACGGCAUGGAGGGCAUUCUGGACGCGUACCAUCAAAGCCUUAAGACGGUGCAGCUGUACGGACCCACCAACUUUUCCCCCGUGGUCAACCACGUGGCAAGGUACGCGGCGGCGGUGCAGGACGGCUCGCAAUAUUUCGUCUUGCUCAUCAUCACCGACGGCGUCAUCUCCGACAUGGCGCAAACCAAGGAGGCCAUCGUCAACGCGGCCAAACUGCCCAUGUCCAUCAUCAUCGUUGGGGUCGGCCAAGCCGAGUUUGACGCCAUGGUGGAGUUGGAUGGAGACGACAUCCGGAUCUCCUCACGUGGAAAAUUGGCCGAGAGAGACAUUGUGCAGUUUGUCCCCUUCAGGGACUACAUGGACCGCGCCGGCAACCACGUCCUGAGCAUGGCCCGGCUGGCCAAGGACGUCCUGGCCGAGAUCCCGGACCAGCUCAUCUCUUACAUGAAGAGCAGAGCCAUCAAGCCCAACACCGUCCCGCCGCCGCCGCCGCCGCCGCCGUAUUCGCCCGGCGAUCGCUCCCAAAGCGAUGCCGUGUGAAGCCCCGCCCCUUUUUUUGCCUCCUUGGAACGGCGCAACGCCCCGCUCAUGAGGAGAGAAGGGACUCCUCUCGGGGACGGCUUUCGGGUUUUUGAGGAGCUCACCGCCGGAGCUUUUUGCUCUUUGCUGUCCGAGUGGAGGAGAACGAUGGUACGGGAAAGCGAGAUAUCGGGCCCGAGGCAGGUCGGCAGUAGAUUAGUACGAGGUGCCACCUUGUAUCCUGUUUGUGAUACCUUUUGCAAUUGAUGUGUCUAGAGAAUAAGUAAAUAUAAAAAUAUAUAUUUUAGUGCUGUCAGUUUAAUGUGUUAUUAUCUGCAUUAAUUCGAGGCAGUUUUAACUCGAUUAAUUUUUUUCCAUCUCGAGAUUAAUGUUCUCGAGAAAAAUGUUCACGUGAAAUUGAAAGUGGAAAUUGUUGUUUCGGUUAAUAUUUGCAUUUUGAUCCACGAUUCCAUGUUGAUGAGAGCGUUAAAAUCUGAAAAUAGGAGGAAAAAGAAAUCAAAGGAAAUUUUUGAUUAAUUGCGGAUAAUUCCAAGUUAACUAUGGAAUGAUACAUUUGAUCGCGAUUAAAUUAAUCGUUUGACAGCACUAAUGUAUAUAUUUAUAUAUCGUAUCUGUUUUAUUGCAUCUCUUCCUUUGGGGGUGGGCUUUUAGACAGUGGGGGGGUCCAAAGUCAUCUUUUCCCUUUUGAUUUCCAGCUUGUCUAAUUGUAAUAUUGAUCCAACUCACCCUCAAAUAGCCAUUUCUAUUUUGAUAAGGACUCGAUUAUAAAUCUAUUUAGGAAAAAAAAAAAAGCAUGUGAUGAAAAAAAAAAAAUCCAUCGAUCUGUUUAUAAACAUGUAUAUACUCGGGCCGGCCGCGUCCGGAUUGUUUUGGAGCAUUUUUGAGUGCGAGUGGUCGUGGGCGUUGGCCAUAUGCAUCUUGUUUCACCUGUUUGUAAGAUUUCUAUCCAAACGUUGCACUACUGAUGACGCGCGGCAAAAAGCACAAAAGGUUCUCGGGUGAACAAUAAGCUGGAAGAAGGAUUUCACGACACCCUCGCAAGCUCUAGCAGAGAAUCCACUGACUCAUCAACGAAAGCAUUGACAAAACAACCAAUCGACUGACUCGUCCCCAAAUCGAUCAAUGGAUCGGCCCACAAAUCAAGUCUUACUCAACUGACAAUCAAUCAACUGACCGAUUAGCCAACAAGCAAAUUCAUUGACUAACCUAGCAGUCCAUGAAACAGUCUACCAGCCCAACGCCCGGGCCAUGAAUUAAUUAGCCCCCAAUCAAUCGACUAAUCACUUCACCGACCAACAAUUAAUUGAACCACCCACCGAUGAAUUGCUCGAGCUACCGUCAUAACACUCAGCUGACUCGUCAACUUCACAAACAACUAAACUUAUCCAUUGACUAUCAAUAGCCAAUUCAAGUGAUUUACUUAUCAACUAACUAACCAACCAGCCAAUCAAUUGACUCACCAACCAAUAAGUUGAUCAUCCAACCGAUUAAUUGGCCAAUCUACCAAAACCAAUUGAGUCUCCUGCCAAACUUGGCAACUAGCUAAUAAAAUUGGCAGCAGGCGUUGCUUUGCACCCGCAUUUCCUCUGAGCUCCAAACGGGGGCGCUGCGGUUGGCCACUUUAGCUUCUCUUCGAUUUCUCGCAGUCACUCGAUCCAAAAACGGGCCUACCGAGAUGGAAACAUAUCCGCAUUCAUUCAGCCACGUGAAAAUUCUUGCUGAGGAGCAAAACGGUGAGCAAUGAUGGCGUCGCGCACGCGCACCCGCGUAUUUGUAAACUUUUGAUACUUCCUGCUCAUCACUUCUACGAUGAACGUCGUGAAGAGUUCGGCUGAGCCUUGUUGGAUACUUCAAAUCAAGAUCUGUUUACAACGCCAUUGGGGGCUCUUGAUAAAGUUCUCCCUAGUAGGGUUUGGGGUUUUUGUCGG